CAUUUCGAGCCAACAGGAGGCAGAAUCGAGAUUCUUGUGAUUUUUGUGAGCAAUUUUGUUGACAUUUGUUGCUAUUUGAGGCUAACGUUUUUUACUUCAACAAUCAAAUUCAACAAUUAUUUCAUCUUUUUAAUUCACUGAUUUACAAUGGAAGGUGUUGUUGGUGAACCUGAAUCAGUGAUGGUCGAUAAUUCUGAAACCAAUUUAGAUUCUUCUUCUGAAAAAUCGGCAGAUGAAAUUGAACAGUUGAGAUUCAAGGAUUAUUUGGAUAGAGCUUUUGAAAAGAGAAAAAAUUGUUUAUUUGAUUUGGAGGCUUACAUGUUAACCAGUUUCAUUAUUGACAAUAAUUCUGAUUUCCAUGUGAUGUGGAAUUUUCGUCGAGAAAUUUUACUGCACUGGAAAACCCAUGGAGUCGCUAACGAUGUGACUAAAAUCCGAUGUCGUGAUUAUUUUGAAGGUUUCAGUGAUCAUGAACUUUUCUCAAUUCUGGACUCAGUUCAAUCUAAUCUAAUGGGAAAAUCGGAGACAAUUGAUUUUGAUAAAAUUUUCAUCGAUGAACUUUCAUUUACCACAAAAUGUUUAACCCGACAUCUUAAAUCUUAUGCUACUUGGCAUCAUAGGACUACUAUUAUCAAAUGGAUGAAAAAACCACCCCUUGAAUCAGAAUUAAAUGCUUGUGCUGACUUUUUCUCCCUUGAUCCGAGAAAUUUUCACUGUUGGAAUUAUCGUAAAUUCAUCUGUGAAUUAUUAUAUGGUCCGGAUGCAGGAAUCACCAAUCAAUUGAAUUUCAUCAAAAGCAUGAUUAAGAAAAAUCCAGAUAACUUUUCCGCCUUCCAUUACCAAAGUGUUUUGUUCAAUCACUUGAAAGAAAAGGGAUCAUUUAUGGCUGGAGAUGGUUCGAGUUUAGAUAAUCAGAAUGUUUGGAACGAUGAAUUUAAUUCAAUCAAAUCAAGUCUAUUAAAUAUCUCAUCACUUCAAGGACUUUGGCUUUACUUUUGGUGGCUUUGUUUGAUGAGAUUCGAUAUACAAAAAUCAGAGUCUUCCAAAUUAUCCGAUCCAAUUGUUCAUCGUAUCAUCUUGGAUAAUGAUGCCCGCAUCCUUUUCUAUCAAUUUAAUUAUUGUCUUCGUCAGCAUCCAUUUAAUGAGAUAACUUUGAUUGAAAGAAAUGGUGAUAAAUCUACUCACACAAUUAACGAAUGGCUGUCAAUUGGUCAACUUCCAUCAGAUAUUUUGUAUCACAAGAUUGACGAGAAAGUUAAUUGUGAAAAUAUUGACGAGAUAACGUUCAACUAUCUAGGAGAAACUCAUCUCAUCAAAUUGCCUCCAUUAAAUCAAUCAAAUUUAUCAUUUUCUACAAUCAAUGAGCUUCCUAAAAGUAGAUUUGAUUUGAUUCGACAAACACAGUCAAUCGAUUGGUUCAAUGAUAUUAGUGAAAAUUCAAAAGAUUCACAAGUUAUCAUGGAAUCAAAUAGAUAUUUUACUCUUACCAAGGCCUUACUUUUAGGUGGAUCUUGCAAAGAAUCAAUUGCAAUUGAUCCUCUUCGUCGUAAUUUUUACAAUGAUUUACAAUCACGUCAUACAAUCGAGAAUAAAUUACGUGAAAAUCAAUUGGAAUCACAAUUAAAUCUCCAAAAUCUAUCACUUACUUGUAUUCAUCCAACUUCCAAACUUACGCAUUUACGAUCAUUGGACUUGAGCAACAAUCAAUUAACUCGUAUCAAUGGUUGUUUUAAUUCACUCAUAGCAUUACAAUCUUUAAUUUUAGACAACAAUUAUAUUCCAUCAAUUGAUCAAUCAUUCAAAUUGGUUUCAUUAAAAAAGUUAUCACUAAAAAAGAACCGUCUCACCGAAAAAUCAUCUAUCAAAGCUUGCAAUAACUGUGAACAAUUAACUCAAAUCAUCAUAUCCGAUAAUGUGAUUGCCAAUUUAGAUCCAACAGAAUUGCUUCUUGAACCUUACAUUACAAUUGAAAGUUAAAUCCAUUUUUAAUUGUCUCUUCAAAUCAAGGGAAUCAAUAUUUACACAAAUUAACGCACUUAUAUUUCUUCAUCAAUUUACUUUUGACGAUUUUGUGAAAAUUAAUUCUCAUUCCAAUUAAUUAAUCGCACUGCACUUUACCUAUUAAGAGAAUGUCACUUAAAAAUAUUGAACUAAAAAACACUCAUAUUACAUUUCCACACAAUUUUAUUAUCCAAUCAAAGUCUUCGAGAAAAAUAAAAAAUUUCUAACGAGACAA